AUGCAGUCUCCUAGAUUGGGUCGUCAAUAUCCAAAGCGUGAAGUUUCGGCCAACACUAGGCCGAAACAACAAAAAGCCUACUUAGAGGCAGAUAGGGCUGGAGUGAAGAUAAUAAACACUGAAGUAAUCUAUCCCCUCCACUUCCAACGCGGACAUGGAAUGCCGAAAGUCUUGCGGUUCCUGCAAGAACAAGUUUUCAUGGUGAACAAAGUUGUCUUGUGUAAAAAUGGAAAAGACACCAAGGGCCAUUGGUUGGUUUGUGAUAGAGAUAGGCGGUCGGGUGGUGGUGGUGUGGUGAUGGUUUUUGAGUGGUUUGAUGAAUGA